ACUUCGUGAGCUUUACCAUCGAUGGCUACGGGCAUGUCCAGCCCGGCCCACUUCCGCGGGCCAUUUUAAAGGCACGGUUUCCAAGGAGAAACAUCCUCACUCCCCACAACCCGUCCGCCCUCCACCACUCCACCUGCUUCUAGAAGUCUCCAGCGCCUCGCCUCCACCGCGCCAAUGGGGAAGAGCGAGGCUACGCCGACGGCGACGAAGGGGGAAGGGGAGAAGGUGAUGGUGCUGACGACGCUCGAGGUGGAUCCCGCCACCGAGGACCCUGACCUCCUCGACGCCAUCAGGAAGAAGAACAGUGCUGCCCUGACCUCCAUUCUUGAUCCCCGUGAUGAGCUCUCCGCCAAAGACAGUUCAAAUGCGGCUGCUGCUGUUUGGUAUUUCGUCAUGAAUGGCCACCACAUAACUGGCAAUCUGAACCUGCUGACGGACCUCACGCCUGUGUGUGACCGUUGGGUCCGUUCUCUCAUUGGGACAGGGCUGCCCAUGCAAGUCUGCGCACGGGGAUCUGUGAACUGCAACGGGAUCAAGCUCGAUGACGUAUGGGCUGCCCAUGCAAGUCUGCGCACGGGGAUCUGUGAACUGCAACGGGAUCAAGCUCGAUGACGUAUGGUAUGUUCCCGGGGUCACGGUGAACAUGGUGGCGGGUGCCCAGUUUAGCAAUCAGGAAAUUUCACUCACUCUGGAUUGCAGUGCCUUUUCUCUUAAGCGCCCUGAUGGCACAGUAGUUGGCAAAGGACGUGUUAAAGGCAAUCUGUAUGAAGUAGACUUUCUCGACAUCAGUAGUACAACAGCUCCCUGGUACAUCGUCUCGAAUGCUGCUGAACACAUGACCGGCAACCUGCACCUCCUGAGCAACUUCACCCCCACCCAGCCAGGCCGCCAAGUCCGGACACACACCGGUGCGAUGCUGCAGGUGCGCGGGAAGGGGUCUCUGAGCUCCACCCAGCUCUCCAUUCCCAGCGUCAGCUACGUCCCAGGGCUCACGGAGAACAUCAUCUCAGUGACCCAGCUCACCGACAGCGGCUUCAGUGUCGCGUUCAGUCCCCAUGGCUGCACCAUCACAAGGAACCGCGAUGGGAAGACGGUCGGCUGUGCGUACCAUGCCGGUGGCCAGCUCUACCGGCUCAACUACCUCAGGGUUGCUGACAGCAAGUAGCCUGUAUGAGUUGCUGACAGACAUAGUGAACCCAAAGCAGUGAGGUAAACCCUACGAGUUGCGAAGAUGAAGAGGAAAUUUAGUUGCGAAGGCCUUUUUUGGCUGUGAACGAGUUGUUAGCUGGUUUCCUGUAUGAAAAAACUCCUGGGUGCUUCGGUUAAUGUUCAGUUACGAUCCUGAUACUUGCUACUAUGUCUUGGCAUAUUACCGCUAACCAGUUACGCAUGGGUUUCUGCAUUUA